CGAUUACACCUCGACCGCAGGGGUUACUGUCAGUCAUUAGAAAAAAAUCUACAUCCAGCGAUCCUACAAGUAAACUCGUAUAAUUUUCAUGCUCUUGAAAUCCAUCAUUACACGAUAUUGCUCAAAAUAUGGGAAGAACUUUACCAAUACCAGUGUCUUGUAAAGUUUGUGGAGAUCGAUCGUAUGGUAAACAUUACGGAGUUUAUUGCUGCGAUGGAUGUUCUUGCUUUUUCAAAAGAUCUAUUCGUCGAGGUGUACUCUAUAAGUGCAUUGCAGGUAAUGGAAAUUGCCUAAUCGAUAAAGCUCGCCGAAACUGGUGCCCACACUGUAGAUUAAAAAAAUGUUUCGCCGUUAAUAUGAACAACGCAGCUGUUCAAGAAGAACGAGGUCCGCGGUCCAGAAGUAAAAUAUUACAAGUUCAUCAAAAUCAGCUGAAUAAUACUUCUAAUUUUGAAAACCAAAGCUUGAUUAAGGCUAAUAUGGUUCCUAAUAUUAUUAGUUACCAUAGUAAAGAAUAUUUUUUGAAUGUAGAUCACUAUCAUCGAACAAUUAUAAAUUCGUCUUUAUGGACAACUUUAAAGCUGAAUCCUACUGCUAGAUCGACUUUCCUAACGAGGGGUGAAGCUCUUCAAUACGAGAUUGCAGCACAAAUUUUUCUUUCAACUGUUCGCGAAGCUCGUCGACAGUCAGACUUCGCAUUAAUUUCAUUGACGGAACAAAACGCUAUACUUCAAAAAGGCUGGACUGCUUUAUUUCUUCUACGAGCUUUAACAUGGCCAUUGAAAUUAUCUGAUUUCCGGAGUAAUAUGCUGAAUAACAAAUCUGGAAUUAUUUAUUUAACACAAAUUCACGAAACAAUUACGACAUUACAGCCUGAUAGAAUUGAGCUGCAAGCACUGGAAACUAUUUUACUUUGUCGUAAAGAAUUAGCUUUAUCUGCAACGGCUGCCAAGGCACUAGCUGAAGGUCAAGAAAAGGCAAUACAAGUUCUAACGUACCAUCUGCGUAGCUAUAAAGAUUGCGAUCGAAGAUUAACGAGCCUACUGCUUUUGCUACCUUUACUAACAGCUUGUUAUCCACAUGCCUUGAUUAGUGAUUUAUUUACUCCAAUAAUAGGUGAAGUAGCCAUCGAAAAAGUUAUAGCGUCUAUCUAA